UGUGAGGAUUCAACACUCUCUGCUUUGGACUUGCACCCAGGAUUGAAACUGUGCUUUUACCAGUGCAGCACUUGGACCGGGAAGAGAGAGAGAGAGAGAGUCGCCUUGGACUUAGAUUUGGACUGAGUGUGUGUGUUGUGACUCAGUGUGUGUGUGAGUGAGUGUGUGUGUGUGACAAGGAGGAUGUGUUGGCUAGCGGCAGCCGUCCUGCUAGCCCACCUGGGCAGCAGCGUGACGGGGGCGUGGAGAGCGUCGCAGCCCAGACUGCAGUUCACACACUCAGACCUGAUCCAGAACGGCCGUCUGCUCACGCUGCCCCUAGUGGCUGGAGACCUGCACUCCAUGCUGCCGGAUGAGGAUGGCCGGCGGCUGUACGUGGCCAUGAAGGACAACCUGCUGUCCACCAGCCUGGACGACAUAACGCAGAACCCACGCAAGCUCUACUGGCCGGCCAGCACAGACCGUGUCCAAGAAUGUCUCAUGGCUGGGAAGGAUCCAGAGCUGGAGUGCGCAAACUUCCUGCGGGUUCUUCAGCCUUUCAACCAAACUCAUCUGUAUGUGUGUGGCACCGGAGCGUUCAACCCCCGCUGUGCUUUCAUAGCCACCAGUGUCUUCCAGCAGUCGGAGCACCAGACUCUCUCCUACAGCCAGACGGAGUGCGGGAAGGGGAAAUGUCCCUACGACCCCCUCCAGAAGACGGCCUCCGCUGUCAUCGAUGGAGAGCUGUACGCCGGCAUCACCUCCGACUUCAUGAGCCGAGACUCCGCCUUCUUCCGGAGUCUCGGCAGCCGGCACGUCAUCCGCACCGAGCAGUACGACUCCACCUGGCUGCAGGAUGCCCAGUUUGUGCGGGUAGCGUCGCUGUCUGAGACUGAUAACCCGGAGGACGAUAAGGUCUACGUGUUCUUCACCGAGCGCGCUCAGGAGGCCGAGGGGGCUGCUGGGAAGGUGCUCUACUCCCGAGUGGCCCGUGUGUGCAAGAAUGACAUCGGAGGCCAGAGGAGCCUGGUGAACAAGUGGAGCACUUUCCAGAAGGCUCGUAUGGUUUGUUCAGUCCCCGGACCGGAUGGCAUUCAGACACACUUUGACCAGCUGCAGGACAUCUUCAUCCUCCACGGCAAAGACAAGAAAAACCCUCUCAUAUAUGGCCUGUUCACCACCUCCAGCGAUAUCCUGAACGGCUCGGCGGUGUGUGUGUACCGGAUGGAGGAUGUGGUCCGGGCCUUCAAGGGGAACUUCCUGCAUAAGGAGGGGCCGCAGUAUAAGUGGGCGGAGUUUACGGGCAAGGUGCCCUACCCACGCCCAGGAACAUGUCCCAGCAGUACGUAUGGGAGCUACAGUUCGACCAGAGAGUAUCCCGACGACGUCAUUUUCUUCAGCAGGACCCACCCGCUGCUCCAGGAGAACGUGCUGCCGCUGGGAGAGCGCCCCCUCCUGGUCAGAGUGGGCGUCCACUACAAGUUCAGCAAGCUGCUGGUGGACAGGGUGGAGGCCGUGGACGGCACCUACGACGUCCUGUUCAUCGGCACAGACUCAGGUUUGGUGCUGAAGUCCAUCCAUCUGCCCAGAGAGCACGGGCAGAGCCAGGAGGUCACCCUGGAGCAGCUGCAGGUCUUCCAGCACAAAUCACCGGUGACAGCCAUGACACUCUCAAAGAAAAAGUGGCUGUUUGUGGGCUCCAGGGAGGGAGUAUCCCAGCUGGCCCUGUACCAGUGCGAGCUGUACGGCCAGGCCUGCGCCGAGUGCUGCCUGGCCAGAGACCCGUACUGCACCUGGGACGGCCACGCCUGCAGCCCCUACAUGCCCAUCGCUCGCAGGAGGAACGCUCGCCACCUGGGCGAGGACGAGGAUCCUCUGACUCAGUGCGUCCGGCAGGGAGCCGGGCUGCAGGUGGAGGCCGAGCAGAGGGUGAUGAUGGUCGCCGAGGGCAACAGCACCUACCUGGAGUGCCUGCCCCGCUCCAGACACGCCGCGGUGACCUGGUACAAACAGGCCGGAGAGAACAGCCCCGAACUGCACCAGGUGCUGUCCAGUGAUCAGUUGGUGGUGAUCGAGCGGGGCGUCCUGAUCCGCCGAGCCGAGCUCUCCCACGGCGGCGUCUACCACUGCCAGCUGGAGGAGCACGGCUUCCACUGGACCGCCGUCACCGUCCGCCUCACCGUCUGGAGCCCCUCGGCCAACCGCUUCCUCUCCUCCUGGUCCGGCUCGUCCAAUCAGAACGCGGGGAGCCAGCCGUGGUACCAGGACGUGAUGGCGCUGAUCCACCCCAGCGACCUCGGCCAGCACUGCCGGGCGCUGGGUUUCCGCCCGCCGCGCAACCAGCGCCGCCACGGUGGCACGGAGCCGAUCAAGGAGGCCCAGAGGGGGGAGAGGCACAAGCAUGGAGGAGGAAGAGGAGGAGGAGGAGGAGGCGGUGGAGGAGGAGGAAGAGCAGCGGGGAGGAAGAGCAGGAGCAAGACGCAGCAGAGAGCACCGAGAAGCGCUUGAACGCGUCACGAGCGAGCGCAUGAUCAUUGACUUACACACGAAAACACACACACACAUUUUCAUUGACAUACACGCUAAGACGCAUACAUAUAAACACCCACACACACUCAGAUACAUUUUCAUUGACUUAUACACCGAGAUACACACACACU